CGGUAUAUGACUGAACCGGUUCCAUUUUACCUAAACCGGUUCACUUGCUCCCGCCAGCCAGUCAAAUUCGAUGGUGUGCACUCAUAGGAUGUUCAACAUUGGAAUUUCCACAGGUUGAUCAUGGUAGUCAAGGCGGCAGAGAUCGCGCCGGCGGCGUACUCGUCCAACAAGAACAGCAGCGCCGUCACGAAGGAGGAUGACUUGACGUACGACUUGGGCAACCUGGCGGCGUACGACACGCAUCCGUUUGCGGUGAAAAACGUCGCGGACGAAAGUGAACUCAAAGCGUACGCACGCGACAGCGUCCAGUUGUUGAUCAACCAUGUAUUUGAACUCCCGCGGCAAAUGACCGACAUGGGUCCCAUGGGACAGCUUCCCGUGCCGACAACCGUGAUUCCUCGCGAGAAGCCGCUCCCGAAGGAGAAGGUCGAGACGCGAUGGGAGAAGUUUGCGCGCGAAAAGGGCAUCAAGAACAAGAAGGAAAGCCGCAUGGUGUGGGACGAAGCCAAGCAGAUCUGGGCUCCCAAGUGGGGGUACAAGCGUGCGAACGACGACUCGGGCGACUGGGCGAUGCCCGUCAAGGGCGGGGCCGACCCGUAUGCGGACCCGUGGACCGAGAAGAAGCAAGAAAAGGCCGAACGCGUUCAAAAGAACUUGCGCAACCAAGCCAACAACGCCAAACAAGGCCGCGGCAAGGAACCCCGCGUUCCCGUGAGCAAGACCCCCCUCGGCGUGCCCGUGGAACUGCUCAACACAGACGACAAAAAGGUCAAACAGCGCGGCAAGGAAGGCACCAAGGCGGCGCUCCAGAAAGUGCAGUUCUCGACGGCGUCCAUGGGCAAGUUCGACAAGAAGCGCGAAGGGGAGGGCGAGCGCAAGCAUGUGGGCAAGCGCAACAAGUUUUUGAGCGUCACUGGCGCGGAAAAGACGGAGAAGGAGCGCAGCAUGAACGUGUUGCAGCACCUGCUCGGCCGCGAAGAGAGCAAGGGAAAGGCCAAGGCCGCCACCGCGCACGACGACUACGACGGCGAGCCGAAGAAGGGCAAGAAGCGCACGGGCGGCCCCAAGUUGAAGAACAUCACAAAGGGCGCCGCCAAACGGCAAAAAACCAAAAGAUAAACGGACAAAUUAAUAAAACGAUAUGUGUGACUAUUAAUAA